CCUCAGGGCCUGGCACCUUCAAUGAACUUACUUCCCCAAGUCUUACAGAUGCUCAGGUGGACUCAGAGAGAUGGAUGGUUUCUAGCCUGCUUCCAAACCCCACCUCGGCUGAGUGUUGGGCGGCCCUCCUACACGAUCCUAUGACUCUUGAUAUGGACGCAGUCCUGUCAGACUUUGUUCGGUCCACGGGGGCAGAACCUGGUCUGGCCAGAGACCUGCUGGAAGGCAAAAACUGGGACCUCACGGCCGCUCUGAGUGACUAUGAGCAGCUCCGACAGGUGCACACAGCCAAUCUUCCACCUGUGUUCAACGAGGGCAGGUGCCCCAAACAGCCUGAGCGAGAGCCACCCCCGCCCGGGCACACAGCCGAGCGGCCCUGCCUGCCCAGGCAGGACGACAUCGCCCAAGAGAAGCGGCUCUCGCGGGGGAUCUCCCACGCCAGCUCGGCCAUCGUGUCCUUGGCGCGGUCCCACGUGGCGAGUGAGUGCAGCAGCGAGCAGUUCCCGCUGGAGAUGCCCAUCUACACGUUCCAGCUUCCGGACCUGAGUGUGUACAGCGAGGACUUCCGGAGCUUCGUGGAACGGGACUUGAUCGAACAGGCGACCAUGGUGGCCCUGGAGCAGGCGGGUCGCCUGAAUUGGUGGUCCACCGUGUGCACGAGCUGUAAACGGCUUCUUCCUUUGGCCACGACAGGGGACGGGAACUGCCUUUUACAUGCUGCCUCACUGGGAAUGUGGGGGUUUCACGACCGGGACCUGGUUUUACGGAAAGCUCUCUACACCAUGAUGAGGACGGGGGCCGAGAGGGAGGCCCUGAAGCGAAGGUGGAGGUGGCAGCAGACACAGCAGAACAAGGAGGAGGAGUGGGAGCGGGAAUGGACGGAGCUGCUGAAGCUGGCCUCCAGCGAGCCACGCACACACUUCAGCAAGAAUGGCGGCUCGGGUGGGGGCAUGGACAAUGCCGAAGACCCUGUGUACGAGAGUCUGGAGGAGUUCCACGUUUUCGUCCUUGCCCACAUAUUAAGGAGACCCAUCGUCGUCGUAGCGGAUACGAUGCUGAGGGACUCAGGUGGGGAAGCAUUCGCUCCAAUCCCCUUCGGAGGGAUUUACCUGCCUUUGGAGGUACCUCCCAACAGAUGCCACUGCUCACCUCUGGUUCUGGCCUACGACCAAGCUCAUUUCUCUGCCCUUGUGUCCAUGGAGCAGAGAGACCAGCAGAGAGAACAAGCCGUGAUCCCCCUGACCGAUUCGGAGCACAAGUUGCUGCCUCUGCACUUUGCGGUGGACCCAGGGAAGGACUGGGAGUGGGGGAAAGACGACAAUGAUAAUGCCCGGCUGGCCCACCUGAUCCUGUCACUGGAAGCCAAGUUAAACCUUCUGCACAGCUACAUGAAUGUGACGUGGAUCCGGAUCCCCUCGGAGACCAGGGCCCCUCUGGCGCAGCCGGAGUCCCCGACGGCCUCCGCGGGGGAAGACGUGCAGUCCCUGGCCGACUCGCUGGACUCGGACCGAGACUCCGUGUGCAGCAAUUCCAACAGCAAUAACGGCAAGAACGGCAAGGAGAAGGAGAAGGAGAAGCAGCGCAAGGACAAGGACAAGACCCGCGCGGACUCUGUGGCCAACAAGCUGGGCAGCUUCAGCAAAACACUGGGCAUCAAGCUGAAGAAGAAUAUGGGCGGCCUGGGCGGCCUGGUGCACGGCAAGAUGAGCCGCGCCAACUCCGCCAACGGCAAGCACGGCGACGCGCCCGAGCGCGGCAAGGAGAAGAAGGCCAAGGCGCGCAAGGGCAGCAAGGAGGAGUCGGGCGCCUCGGCCAGUACGUCGCCCUCGGAGAAGACCACGCCGUCGCCCACGGACAAGGCGGCGGGCGCGUCGCCGGCCGAUAAGGGCGGCGGGCCCCGCGGCGACGCCUGGAAGUACAGCACAGACGUGAAGCUGAGCCUCAACAUCCUGCGCGCCGCCAUGCAGGGCGAGCGCAAGUUCAUCUUCGCCGGCCUGCUGCUCACCAGCCACCGGCACCAGUUCCACGAGGAGAUGAUCGGUUACUACCUGACCAGCGCGCAGGAGGUCCCCGGCCGCAGCCCCCCGGCGCCGGGGCGCCAGAGCGUCAUUCACGUGCAGGCGGCAGGCGCGCGGGACGAGCCGUGUGUCCCAGCUGUGGGCGCACUGCGGCCGUGCGCCACGUACCCGCAGCAGAACCGCUCGCUGUCAUCACAGAGCUACAGUCCGGCGCGCGCCGCCGCCUUGCGCACAGUCAACACGGUAGAGUCGCUGGCGCGCGCCGUCCCAGGAGCCCUGCCCGGGGCGGCGGGCGCGGCGGAGCCCAAGUCGCAGACCUACACCAACGGCUUCGGCGCGGCGCGCGACGGCCUGGAGUUCGCCGACGCCGACGCGCCGGCGGCGCGCUCGAACGGUGAGGGCGGCCGGGGCGGCCCGGGUGCGGGCCCCGCGCAGAGGCGCUGCCAGCGCGAGAACUGCGCGUUCUACGGGCGCGCCGAGACCGAGCACUACUGCUCGUACUGCUACCGCGAGGAGCUGCGGCGGCGGCGCGAGGCGCGCGCGGUCCGGCCCUGAGCGCACGGCCCGGCCCUGCCGCCGGGCUGUCCUCUCCAAGUUGUCGGUGUCUCCUCUGCGCCCUGGUCCACCUGGAGGCCGGCGAUCCUCUGUCCGUGCUGUGUACGUGUUUGGUCAAACGUUCCUAAUGGUGCCUGAACCUACACUGACGCCACUCAGGUAGUAGACGGAUAGGAAACAAGUCAUACUGUUGGAAGUGGGUGUGCUAGCUAGCAUCUGCCUCGUACCUGUGGAAACUCAAUAGCCAUUGCAAGGGUAUUUUUGUUCCUCGAUAAGAGAAAUAAAGAAAUUUGCAGCCCUUUGUUUUUA